AUGGCAGCGCCUGGUGGGCUCCAGCACCGCCCACAACUUUAUAAAAUCGAAGCACAGCGGUCAUGUUACAACACAGUGGAAUGGUUGGAACGUUAUCAAGGAAAAGACAUAAAUGGUGAGGAGGAGCUGAUCAAGGGUGUGUUCCAAAACGCUACUGAUGCUCUCCCCACAUGCCCAAAGUUCAUCUUCGAAGAUGAAUGGGUGUUUAGGCCCACGGAGGAGGAGAAGGAGCGAAUGAACAUGGUGUAUGAAGGUGCAUGGUCCUCACGUAUAGAUAUAUAA